AUGAACCUAAGACAAGUCUUCGUGUCUGUACUGCUGUUUGGAGUAGCUGGUCUACUCCUCUUCAUGUAUCUGCAAGCUUGGAUUGAAGAACAACAUACAGAGUCUGGAAAAAAACUGCAACAAGAGACAAUUAAUCAGGACUUCACGCUCCAGCCUCUGGGGAUGCCAAGGAAAGCAGCGUGGAGGAGAAGUGCUCCUGUGAGCCUCAGUAACCAUGUCUCAAGCAGCAGGCACUGGCAGGGCAGGACUGACCCUUUCGGUGUGGUGGCUGCCUCCUCGGAGAAGCGGCUCCCUGAGCAGCAGAAGAUGAGUGAGUCCCCUCUGAACUGGUUCAGAGGGGUGUAUUUACCUCCUGCUCUGCACCCGUUAAACAAGACAUUUGUCAAGGGUGGUGAGUGGCAGGACAUAGACAGCGCCCAGGAAAAGCGCAGGGCCUUCCUGCAGGACUUCUGUAGGAAAUACAACAGCAGAAAGAAGCUGCAAACUCACCUGGUGCACCUAGUGUCAAGAAUUUAUGUAGAGGACAGGCACAAGGUUCUGUACUGUGAAGUGCCAAAAGCAGGCUGCUCCAACUGGAAAAGGGUCCUUAUGGUGCUCAGUGGACUUGCUGCUUCAGCAAACAACAUCUCCCAUGAUGAUGUGCACUAUGGAAAGCACCUGAGAAAAUUGGACAGUUAUGACCUAAAAGGGAUCUACACACGCUUGAACAUGUACACCAAGUUCAUAUUUGUACGUGAUCCUAUGGAAAGACUGGUAUCUGCCUUCAGGGAUAAGUUUGAACAUCCAAACAGCUAUUACCAUCCGGUAUUUGGGAAGGCAAUAAUUAAAAAGUAUAGACAUCAUGCAGAUGAAGAAGCACUGAAAACAGGAUCAGGAGUUAAGUUCAAGGAGUUUAUCCAAUAUUUGUUGGAUUCCCACCGACCAAUAGGAAUGGACAUUCACUGGGAGCAAGUCAGUAAGCUCUGCUAUCCCUGCCUCAUCAACUACGAUUUUAUAGGAAAGUUUGAAACCCUGGAAGAAGAUGCCAAUUACUUUCUGCAGCUGGUAGGUGCUCCAGCCAAUCUGAAGUUCCCUAAAUUCAAAGACAGACAUUCCUCUGACGAGAGAACAAGUACAGAGGUAGUGAGGCAAUAUUUAAAGGAAUUGUCUAAGGAGGAGAGACAGCUGACCUAUGACUUCUAUUACUUGGAUUACUUAAUGUUCAAUUAUACAUCACCACUUGUAUAG